AUGAUCACGCGUUCUAAAACGAAACAGCUGAGCACACCAGCAAAAAGUGCUGGCAAGACGCGCUCGGACUCAGGAGCGUUGGCUGCGGGUGGGGCCGGCCGGUCCUCGAGAUUGGACACCGUUUCGGCCGGUGCCACUGUUAUGCCCGCACCCCACGUUUUCAAAAGCCCCGAGGAGCCCGGAGCGUCGGCUGCGGGUGGGUCCGGUCAGCCCACAAAGUUGGACACCGUUACGACCGGAACCACUGAUACGCCCGCACCCUACGUCUCCAAAGGCCCCGAGGCCCCCGAGACGCCUCGCCAGUGUCGUGUGAAUAGUGCUGAACAGAUUAAUGUUGUUUCUCCUAGUAACAGGUCGCGUGUGUCGUCUUCUCGUUCAUCAGCCACAAUAAAGGCACUGAGGUUGAACGAGGAGGCCCAAUUGGCGCGUCGCAGCCUGGAGCGUGAACAGCAGCUAUUUGAACGUGAGCAGGCGCUACUGCAACUACAACGCGACCAGGAGGUCGCACGCCAGCGGCUUGACUUCGAACGUAAGCUCUUCGAACAAGCUAAGCAAGUGGAAGAGCUCGAAAUAGAGGCAAGACUGGCAACCCAAGAAGUGGAUGGACGAUCCAACACUCAUACGGUCAGUCAAUCUUAUUCACGUACUGCAUCGUGGGUCCGCGACGUCAACCAUAGCGGCCGUCGUCCCGCUGACAACAACGUCGAUGCGGCCCUAAUAAAUAUCCCGCCUACGGGCGCAGACUCUACUACGGUUCACGUUCGCGAGAGAAAGUUAGGUUUAGAACCUAGUUAUAUUCAACAAAAUAAUGUAAACAACCCUAUCAACCCAUAUUUCUCUCAAGAACGAGAUACCACACGUCAAAAUACUAAUAACACAAAUGAUAUGAUUGCGUCACAUCGCAAUCAUGAAAAUUCAGUGGUACAUCAUAAUCCUGAAAAUCAUGAAAUGCAUCGCGAUGUCUACAAAAAACCCGUGACAUUUCAAAUACCAAUAAAUGACAAUUCAAACUUAUUGCAAACCUCUACGAGCAAUAAUAAUAAGGCACUGACAUCAAUGCCGUUGCUUGACAACCCAAAUAACAAACAAUGUCAGUUGCCGUCAAAUCAGCCAGAGCCUUAUUUUUAUUCUCAAAGGUGCUCACAUAAACUACAGCUUACUCCUUUUAGCGAGAAUCUUGUGCGUUUGAGCGGCGCGCUGCGCGGCGCGGCCCUGGAGAGCGUGUCGUCGCUGCUGUACACGGCGGAGCGGCCCGAGCAGGUGCUCGACGUGCUGGAGCAGACGUUCGCGCUCCCUGAAAUGAUCGUGCUACACGAGAUUACUCUCGUGCGGAAUCUCCCAAAGCUAAGCUUUGAUCAAAAAGAUCUUACCAACUUUGCUUGUAGAUUGCGCAAUUGUAUAGCAGUAAUUAGAAACUUAGAUCAGAUAGAGCAUAUUUAUUCAGUAGAGUUGUUUCAUAGUGUGUUAUCCAAACUGACACCGAUAUUGUACAGUCAGUGGAAAGAAUAUGCGUACAAAAGUGACCGAUCUGUGCCUAAAAUUCAAUUAUUGUCUGAGUUUCUUGAUAUUGAGGCUAUAAAACACAAUCGUUACGGUUUAGUACUUGAUUACGCCCGACGACCUGGCACUGUUAUGCCCGAUUUAGGUAGGCGGUCUGGCACAUUUAUGCCAGAGUUAGGUAGGCAAACCGGCACCUUUACUUCAGGUUUAGGUAGGCGAAAUGGUGCCAUUAUUUCAGAGUCAGGUAGGCGACAUGGUACAGUCGGCAACAAUAAUUUUUCACACAAACCUACACGAAGUGAAAACAUUCAUGUGACAUCUGUGCGUAACACCAACAAUGAACUAUGUCGUUACUGUAACAAUAAACAUAAACUUACGGAGUGUGAGGAAUUUAAGUCACUAUCUUUAGAUGACAAAUGGAUUUGGUUGCGUGAAGCAAAGAUAUGUUCUAAGUGUCUGGUAUCUAAAUCACAUCGGUGGAAGUCAUGCAGGAUCGAUCGAUGUGGUGUCGACGGGUGCGAACGUUUUCAUCACCCAUUGCUACAUUCAGCAACGACGCCUCACGUAGUCAAUGCUGCCAGAGAGUCUCCGUCUUCCUCCUGCGAUGUUAUUGAACACAAAAACAUAAAUAAAACUGUUACAAUUUCUAACGUCACUGGAUCACACUCAAACGAUGAAAUGUCAAGUCCAGAAUCUCAAGUGUUUUUAAGAGUCAUUCCGGUUGAAGUAAUUGGACCUCAUGGGAAAUAUGACACAUAUGCGUUACUUGAUGAUGGUUCCAUGUCAACUAUGAUCGACUGGGAGGUGGCACGCCACAUUGGAGCGUCUGGCCCCAUGCAGUCAAUCAAAGUCGACGGAGCCUGUGGAAUGUCAGUACACAGACCCAUCCAACAUGUUAGCUUUUCUAUAAAAGGUAAACAAUUUUCUGAAACGUUCACGGUUAACAACGCUAAGGCCGUAAACUCACUGUCACUGUUCACACAAACUGUCAACCAAAGCGACAUUACGAAAUAUUCACACUUGGCUGAUUUAGCGGACGUUCUUUCAAUAUCGGAAGCUACACCUAAAGUCUUGCUUGGUGCAGAACAUUGGUAUCUCACCAUCUGCCGUGAGCUUAGGGAAGGUGCCCAAACCGAUCCAAUUGCCACACGUACAGCUUUAGGUUGGGUGUUACACGGCAAAUCCAACAUUUGGUCUAAACCCGUCUAUUUUGUAAAUCACAUUUCAAGCAACAAUAGUGCUAGUGACACCACCAUGGAUGAACUUGUGAAAGAUUAUUUUCGCCUUGAUGCCGUAGGUAUUUCUAAGUCUGAAAAUGUGUACUCUACCGAAGAUAAACACGCUUUAGGGGUUCUAGAAUCCACGGCCAAACGUUUGCCAUCAGGUAGGUUCGAAGUAGGUCUAUUAUGGCGUAAUGACAUUCCAAACACACCUGACAGUUAUCCUCAAGCGCUUUCGAGGUUCCACGGUUUGGAAAGGCGAAUGGCUCGAGAGUCUAACCUCAAAAAAGAUUAUUGUGCCUUUAUCGAUAACAUGAUGUCAAAAGGUUAUACUGAAGAGUGUCCAAAGGAAACAUACCAUGAUAAAAUAAACACAAGCGUUACACACAAAGGUUUACGUUGGUAUUUACCCCAUUUUCCUGUAAUCCACCCUCAAAAACGAAAACUGCGCGUAGUCCAUGACGCAGCCGCAAAGACUUCGGGAGUCAGUUUGAAUUCACUCCUGCUCCCGGGGCCUGAUCUCCUGCAGUCACUGCUACACAUAUUGUUCCGUUUUCGUGAAGGUCAUGUUGCGAUGACAGCUGACGUGAAAGAAAUGUUUCCACAAAUUAGGAUUAGGCAGGAAGAUCGUGACGCUUUACGUUUUCUUUGGAGGAAUGACCCUCACUGUGAAUUAAAAGAAUACAGAAUGACUUCCGUUAUCUUCGGUGCUGUGUGCAGCCCCUGUACUGCUCUAUACAUAAAAAAUCGUAACGCUCAGGAAUUGCAACGGUCUUACCCGGCCGCCGCAAAGGCCAUCGUUCGUGAUCAUUACAUGGAUGAUUAUUUAGGAAGUCUUGACAGUGUCCAAGAAGCUGCGCAACUUGCAGCUGACAUAGUAACGGUUCACAAAGCGGCAGGCAUGGAGAUGCGUGGUUGGGUCUCUAACGUACCCGCUGCACUUGCAGCCGUACCAGAAGACUUACGAGCUCCUAUAGUUGAAGAUAUACAUGUAGGGCCUGAAGCUUUUGUUAGGACUUUAGGACUUAUAUGGCAUCCAAAGAGCGAUACCUUUAGUUUUCGUACUGGUUCUCCCAUACCAGACCAAGACAAAUUAACAAAACGAAAGGUAUUGUCUUACCUGAUGUGCGUGUACGACCUCUCGGUCUCUUGACUCCUCUGGU